CCUUAUCUCUUUUAUAUUUCUCCCAAACAGGGCCUUAAAUGAGAGGCUCGCGCGUCCCCGCUUCCGUGGAGAAACGAAAUUUCAAUUUGCUGAAUUUGAAGAGAUUUUUCUUUUUAAGAAAAUAUCUUUAAUUGACGAAAUUUAAAACGUUUCGGGCAUCCAGUAGCUUUCUCGGAAUUUCAAAUUCCGCGCCAAUAUGGAACCUCAAGUUAUGUCCUCAGCGCAAAGAAGCGGGUCUAAUCCAGCGGCUAUGCUUGCCUCUCUCAUGGGCAAGAGAGAGAAGCUUCGAGAAGAGCUCCGCAAUAUUGAGAAACAGGUGUACGAGUUGGAAACAAGCUAUUUACAAGAUUCAAGCCAUUUUGGGCAUGUGCUCAAAGGUUUUGAAGGAUUUCUAUCUUCGUCGAAAAGUACCGCAAACAUAAAAAGAUCCAGGAAAUUUCAGCCAGAAGAUAGACUUUUCUCAAUGUCAUCAGUGACGUCACCAGCGGCUGAAGAACUUAGUCUUGGAUGUCACGACGGGAGAUCUGAUUUUGGCCCUGGUCGGUUUAAGUGCGGAACCUUACCUGCCAAUGGGCAGGGCAAACCGAAGAAGGGAAGAACGCCAAUGGGCCUGAGAGAUAUAAAGAAAAUCAGACGAUCAAGUGAAGCAGAGUUUGAUGAUGAAGAUGAUCCUGAUACGAGUUUGAGAUGAAGGGAGACAGAAGCUAGCUGUUACAGGCAAACAAUAAUUAACAGCUGCAUUCGGUAAUCAACUUGUGACCACAAGACCUUUUCUAUAUGGUUAACGUAUACAAAAUUGAAAAAUAUGAUUCUAAUACUCGAAAGAUGUCAUGUUUUAGAUAUUAAUUUUAAUGUUUCACUAACCACUUUGAAUUUAUCUCGUCUACUUAAUGAAUUCAAACUAUUAUCACAGAAAAAUUUUAAAAAAAAAAAUU